AUGUCGCUCCUGCCCCCGCCGGCUCUCCGGCAUACUCUGCGCAGCGCGGCGCCUGGCGGCGUGCGGCACAUGCACGCUUCGCGCCCGCGCGCCGACCACUACCGCACGCUCGAUGUGCCGCGCACCGCCAGCCUGCGCGACAUCAAGGCGCAGUUCUACCGCCUGUCGAAGAAGUGGCAUCCGGAUGUGAACCGCGACAAUGAGGGCGCAAAGGCGCGCUUCCAGGAGGUCAGCGAGGCAUGGGCGACGCUGGGCGACGAGCGGGCACGGCGUGACUACGACCGGCGCCUGAGCGAGCGCAGCGGCAGCAGCAGUCCGGGUGCGAGCAGCUACAGCUCAUAUGCGCCGCGUGGCGCCUACGACGAGUCGGACAACACGGCACGGCGAGCGCGCGCCUCGUACGCCUGGGACUACCAGCGGCGGCAGCGGCCAGCUGCGUCGGAGACGUACCAGCGGCACGGCGCCUCAGCGUCGGCGUGGGCCUCGGCUGCCGCUGGCGGCGCCUCGCAGACGGCCGAGCAGCAGCGCGCCGCGUUCGACACGAUGGUCUCGCGCAACCGCUUCCGCGAGCAGGCGGCCGCUGCACGCGCUGCCGAGGCUGGUCGAGCACGACCGAAUCCCGCGCAGGCAUUCGAGGAAGAGGCGGGCGGGAGCACGGCCAGUGCCGUCGUGCGCUUCAUCCAGGUCGCCGGCCUCUUCACGCUCACGUUCUGGGCGGGCAGCAAGUUUGCCGGCGGCACGGGGCCGGUGCGCGCCGAGGGCCGGGGCAGCGAGGAUGAGGAGUGGAACUGGCUAGAGGAGUACCGGCAAGUACCCGCACGCAUGGAGCACGCGCCGCAAUAG